GGAGGCACGAGGUCGCGAGACCGGCCGCGCACAACGAGAGAAGGAAUAAGCCAAAGCAAGUGAGACGACUAGACAGUUCAGGAUUUUCGCCAGCGUCGUCAGUCUAGCACGAGCCACCGCUCAGGAGACACCCGUUGGGAAACUAGCUUCUUACAAGUUGAAUGAACUAUGCCGGGCCACCGUCAGCCUUUAUCCCUGGAGGGACUAAGUUUGGGACGAGUGUGCCAGCAACUGGACGGUACGUGCCGGCGAUUGCAGGUGCUUUCGCAGGAGACGUCUGCCAGCUCUGUUUUAACAAUAGUAAAACAAUCUAUAAGGCCAUACUACGUAAAUGCGCUGCCAGCACGAUUGCGUUCACGAGUAAUAGAAGAAACAUCGCGGAUGCUUUACGGUCCAGCGUCUGAUGGUUCAACGCUGAUAUCUGGACCAGCACCGCUUUAUCUUCUUGCAUUACUUCUGGGUCACGAUAUACGACAGCUGAAGGUGAACCUGUGCUGCUACUACGGCUGUAGCCAUCAAACAUCUCUGCUGAAGCUUCUGGCAGCAGAGGGUGUCGGUCUUGAGUCACUCGAACUGGCUCGAUCUGCUUUACUUCGUCUUGACUGUAAAUUACUCCGCUCCGCGCUGAUGAAUAUGAACAAUCUCUUGAGUCUGACAUUGAAGAAUAUUGCGAGCGACUCGGUGCUCCAAGUGAUCGGCAAAGCUUGCCCCAAGCUAGUUGUCUUAGACGUCUCUUGCUCUAUGCAAGUCACGGACGUAGGACUAAAGCAGCUGCUGAUGCAGGUCGAGCUAAGAGACAAGUUUAUAAACAUUGAUCCUGUUGUUGCCCAAGAAACAACAACCAGCUGGUCUCGAUUGAAGACACUCCUUGCAAAACUUCGAGUUAAAAAGAAUAAAAGAGAUAAGAGGGAGAAUGAAGGAGUACUUCUUGAGUACUGUGAGAGCAAAAACUUUCUUUGUGACACUUUGAGAGUACUCAAUAUUGCAAACACUGGAGUAACGAGCGCAGGCGUUCUACUGGCACUCGCCAAUGUGCCACAUCUCGAAUCGUUGGCGGACUACAAUCAUAUGGGCAGGGUCGUCGAGAUAAUGAACCGCGGAGUCAUUGAAUUGAAGACGCCUUUCAGUCUGACUCAGGCGAGAAGCAGUCGGACAACACAAGCGAGAUUGGAGCUGCUUGCCCAAACGUGUCCUCGCUUGGAAAAACUUCAUAUCUCAGAGCCUCAUCAUCCGCCUGAAGCGCUCCGUCUUUUUCCUUUCAUCACCAGCCUCAGUGUUCACAGCAUCCCGGCGGCUAAAGAAUGGCUCGCGGGAUUCAACGAGUAUCUGCGAACAAACGGCCAUCUUCUCCGAGAACUGAAUCUCCGAGUAACGCAGAGUGAAACACCGCUGCAGAUUGAUUUAAGAGAAAUAUUUGUCCAUUGUCCGAAUCUCAUUACGUUCACCAAGGACGGAGCCAACGUGGUAUGGCUUGACGGUCCUGAUCCACAGCCACUGAUCCAGCUGAAAAAAAUCCAGCUUGGACGUACAGUCUCUGCUACAACCAUCACCAAGAUUCUGAUGCUCGCGCCAGCGUUAAACUCACUUCACGUUCACAGCUGCUUCGAUCUCACUAAUGAACAUCUAGUGAGUCUCCUUGAUAUUCCAUCCGACGCAAGAUCACCGUCAAGUCCUGACAAACCGGAUAACAGUCUCAUUAAAAAUUUAACGUGUUUCUAUGUGUACGAGGCAAGCAAAGUGUCAGCGACAACAGUGCUGAGUAUGUUCAAAAACUGCACGAAAUUACGUAAAAUUGGCAACCUCGCCAAUUGGGGAUUGGACUGUGAGGGGGUUAAAACACUGAGAACUACGCUUGCCCGUGCUAAUCUAGACGUUGAUCUCUCACCUGGAUCUCAUUGGUUUUGGAGCAAUUGCAUUCAUUAAUUUUUAAAAAAACACAUUUAAAAAUUAAAAGCAAAAAGAAGAUUAAAAUUAGCUCUUUUUUUUUCUUUCUCUCGACUGUUUCGUGAUAUCAGUAUUAAUAAAUUCUUCUGGAUUAACUUAUCCUUGGAGACUGUCUGAAGGUCAACAGGCUUACUUUGUAGUGUAUAGUAGAAAUAUAUAAAGCAUAAUAAGACUAUUCAAGAUUGAAGUUUAAAAUUUAACUCUACUCCUCAUUAGAGAUGGCUAACUAUAGAUUGCAAGUUUAAAUAUUCAUGUUAUUAUAUACGUAUAUUCUGUGUUACCAUGAAGAAUAUUAUUGUAACAUUUAUACUUGUCAAUAUUCAAGGUUUUAUGUUGAAAAAAAAAAAUAUGUCUAUAUAUAAUUUUUUUUUUUUUUUAACUCUAAAAAACGAAAAAAAUAUUACUUACUUCCGUCAGACCAUGCGAUUGAAGCAGCAGACUUAUUAGUUUCGUAUCUGCUUGGAUAAUUUUAUAAGUCAUGUGUAAUUGCUUAGCAGGUGGAUCUUCUGGAGGAGUCGCCAAUGCAGAACACCUUUAAUGAAAUAAAAUAUUUAUGUUGUUAGAUUAGAUCCGUUGUCAAAUUAACAGUAGUAUUAAAAAAAAAAUAAUAUAAAAUACUAACUUGAAUCGUAGUAUGGGCGAUUUACUACCAGCUGGUCCAUUAAUUAGCCAUUCAUUACCUCUCGCACUGUUCUCUUUAGGCGUACUGUAAUUUAAAAAAAAUAAAUAAAUAUAAAUAUAAAGAUAUAAUAAAAGUGUGUAUUAAAGAUCGAAUGUUGGUAAAAGAGGAAGCACUCAGUGAUAUAAAUAAAAAGCCGACAUUAAU